AUCUCCUCGACGUGGAAUGAUUCGAAAAUUCUAUGUAACGUUCUGAUUAAAUUUUCGAACGCUCGCAAUACGACAUACUAUACGACAAACAAUCGUUUUAACAUGAACUCUGCAAAGAAGUACAACUGGAAGAACGAUACCGAGAGUCAGAUAGUCCAAUUUUACGCCGGCAAACACGUAUUCCUGACGGGAUGCACCGGGUUCUGUGGCACGCUCAUCUUGGAGAAGCUCCUCCGCACGUGCACCGACAUCGGCAAGAUCUACAUCAUGAUUCGACCAAAGAAGAACGUCACUAUGCAGAAACGAAUGGAGGAAUUGUUCCAAUGCGACGUGUUCGACAAGUUGCGUGCUAUGAAUCCAAACUUUACGGAUAAGGUGAUUAUGAUCCACGGUGAUCUGUACAAACCCGACUUGGGCCUCUCGGCAGAGGAUCGUCAGCGUUUGGUGAACAACGUGAACAUAAUCAUUCACAACGCGUCGAUGGUGUACUUUAAGGCGAAGGUGUCUGUUAUUUUGCGGACCAACGUGCUCGGAACGCAGAAGAUGCUCGAACUAGCGGCUGAAUGUCCGAACUUGAACGUGUUCGUGUACAUGUCGACCGCGUACUCUCAUCAUUACACGAAAACGAUCGAAGAAAAAUUUUACGCACCGCCGUGCGAUUUAAAGAUGAUCGAGGACAUCAUACGAGUCGAUGAAGAGAACGCUGCCGGAAUUUCUAAGGAAGCCCUCGACGAUAUUGUAGGGAAAUGGAUGAACCAGUACGCGUUCAGCAAGGCCGUCACCGAGGGUAUAGUCGAGGACUUCGGUAAAAGAAGAUCGCUACCCUGCUUCGUCUACAGGCCUUCCAUAGUUACGGAAACACAGUAUGAACCGAUCAAAGCCUGGGUAGGGAACAAGAAUGGACCAGUCUCGUUGACUUUAGGACUGGGUUUAGGUGUAUUACACGUAAUGCAUAUGGACGAGAAUCUCCGUUUGGAUUUCAUUCCUGGCGACUACACGAACAAUAGUUUGUUGGCGGCCAUUUGGGACUACGUCGAGCACAGGGAAACGGAUGAACCGCAGGUGUACAAUUACGCGUCGUCCGACUGGCAACCGUUCGUUACUAAAGUAUUGACGCAGAACUUCCGUACUGCGAUCGAAAAAUAUCCAACGUCGAAGAUGAUAUGGUAUCCCACCCUCUAUAUGGUUUCUAACAAACUUCUAUUUCUAAUACUGCACACAAUUUGGCACGUCAUUCCCGCUAUUAUCAUCGACGCGGUCUUACUGACCCGAGGGAAGAAGCCGAAGGCGACUGAAAUGCUGUUCAAGGUGUUGAAACACCAUAAGAUUCUACUUUACUUUAUCUCCUCGAGCUGGGUCAUAAAAACGGACAGAACGAAACGUAUUCUUAGCCGUAUGAACGCUGCCGACUUGAAGCUAUUUCCGUUCGACUUGAAACAAAUAGAUUGGGCGAAAAAGAUGGAAAUGGGUUUGAUCUGCGUUCGGCGGCUUAUGAAAGAGCCGUACGAUUCGAUUCCUGACGCACGGAAGAAGCUUCAGAAAUUACGGAGGAUACAUUACACCGUCGUUACUUUGCUUGGACUUUUCUCACUGUUCCUUAUGUACAGGAUAAUGUGUAUCUUGUCUUUUAUUUGAUGAAAUAACCGUAUUACGAAAAUUUCUUGAAGAUUCUUAUUUAUUUUUGAAUCACGAUAUCGUUCGUUGGAGGGGUUGAGGAAAAUUUA